AUGGCUAAUACAGUUGAAAAUGAUAAUACCGCUAUAAUUGAGACAAACACUGAUUCAAGUUCAUGUAAACUGUAUGCUAUUAGUCGUGACUAUUGGUCUGAUCCAUAUAUGAAAUUUUUUACAACGAAGCAUGAACGUAAAACACCUGAAAUUAAUAUUGGCUAUUAUAUUCGUGUAACAGCUAUUCGUAAAUUUCUGAAAAAAUUUAUUCAACAAACAAAUCAACAAUGUCAAAUAAUUAAUUUGGGUUGUGGCUAUGAUACAACAUAUUUUAAUCUUCAAGAUGAUCCAAGUUUAAAUGUUAAACAUUUUAUUGAUAUCGAUUUUUAUCAAAUAACUGAGAUAAAAACACGUCUUAUACGUCGUACACCACAAUUAGCAGAAAAAUUAAAUAUUAAUGAAGAAGAAGAGAGUAUAUCAAUUCCAGGUGGUUUACACACUUCUACUUAUACUAUAUUGCCUGUUGAUUUACGUGAAAUAUCAUCGUUAGAUAAACAAUUACAAUUAAUUGAAAAAAAUCUCGAUUAUAAUUUACCAACAUUUUUUCUCAGUGAAUGUGUUCUUAUUUACAUGUCAUUAGAAAAUUCAACAAAUUUAUUAUCCUAUAUUACACAAAAAUUUUCAACGUGUUUUUUUUUAAAUUUUGAACAAAUAAAUAUGUUUGAUCGUUUUGGACAAAUUAUGUAUGAUAAUUUGAAACAACGAUGUUGUCAUUUAUUAGGAAUUCAAGCAUGUAAAUCAAAACAAACACAAUGUCAACGAUUUAUAGAUACAAAUUUUCAACAAGCACAAUUGAUUAGUCUAAAUGAUUAUUAUAAACAAUAUGUGGAUAUUAGAGAAAAACAACGUUUAGAUAAAAUUGAUGGCGGAUUAGAUGAGAAAGAAUUAUUAGAACAAUUAUUUGAUCAUUAUUGUUUUUGUUGGGCUUAUAAAGAUCCGUUAAAUAUCGGCUUAGAUAAAGUGACAUCAUAG